CGCCUUACUGGUUCGCCACACCAUGCCUAUUACUCGAUUAGCCAAACGUGCCAGGGAAAUGGAUGCAGAGAAGACUACAAUAAACGCACUUCAAAGCAACAGAAUGGCUUGCGUGUUAUCAACAACACUACCACGAAAACAAACGGCAAAUAUCCAUAUCCCGCAACAAGGCCACCUCAGAGCUGCAGAUUGCUGGACUGGAUAUCGCUGAAAGAUCCACCUAAUAUUGCCAUCCCAAAUAGCGACGACCUCUUUGCCACCCUCCAAGAGAUGCACAAACUCCAAGACUGCAUCGUUAUAGCCCGAGGCCGUCCACAAGAUAUUAUGCCGUCUUCUAAAUAUCCAAUAAUUAACCAACCACUAGAGUGGAGAAGCAGUAAGGGAAGGGAAGAGUUUCUUGCCUCAGAGCUUUCCCUCAGAUUGAAUGAAGCCCUUGCAUAUCGCUCAUGGAGCCAAGAAGCUGCGUGGCUGAUACCUAAUAAAGGGGUGGUUAUACGCGCAAACCCGCUUUUCCCUCCACAAAAGCUUUAUGAGGUCUUGACAAUCUAUUUCCCCGCAGACUUAGAUCAGGAAGCUAUCUCCUCUAUUGAAAAGUUUAGAUGGUUACCUAACUGGUACUUUGGCGAGGAAUACGACGCUCACUAUCCCGUCGAGUCCCAGAAGCCUGCAUGGAUAGAGGGGACUUAUGAGUAUAAAGGGCAAACUGCAAGGCGGUUGGCUUAUUUCAUCAGAUUAGUUGACGAGGAACGAGAGCGAAUCUAUGAAGAAAAAGGGAAGUAUAAUGUCAUUGUGGAUUUCUUUGACGGCCUGAAAGAUCUCGGGAUGAUUGGGUAUGAAUCGCUGCAUGUUGAAUUCGUGGAGGUUGUUCACUAUGUACCGAAGAACUACGUACCAGAGCCUCCCCGACCUAUAUCUCCUGAAGGGAGGAAGUUUUUAGAUAGUUUGCCAGCCUACGACUCAGAUAUAUCACUAUAG